CACUGAAACCCUUCUUCAUUUCCUUUCUCUACGUACAAACAAAACCCUAGCCGCAGCUUCCUCUUCCCCUUUCCCCUUUACCCCCCGCCAACCCAUCACCAAUGGCCGCCGCAGCUGCUCGCCCGCUCGUCACGGUUCAAGUCCUUGAUGGCGACAUGGCCACCGACUCCCCACAAACCGUCCAUUUGCCGGACGUCAUGAAGGCCUCCAUUCGUCCCGACAUCGUCAACUUCGUCCACGCCAACAUCUCUAAGAACAGCCGCCAACCUUACGCCGUCAGCAAAAAGGCCGGCCACCAGACCUCCGCCGAGUCCUGGGGUACCGGCCGUGCCGUAUCCCGUAUCCCCCGUGUCCCCGGCGGUGGCACCCACCGUGCCGGUCAGGGAGCUUUCGGGAACAUGUGCCGCGGUGGCCGCAUGUUCGCUCCGACGAAGAUCUGGCGCCGAUGGCAUCGCAAGAUUAAUGUCAACCAGAAGAGGUACGCCGUCGUUUCGGCCAUUGCGGCUUCUGCUAUUCCUUCGCUUGUUCAGGCUCGCGGUCAUAGGAUCGAGACCGUGCCGGAGUUGCCUCUGGUGAUCAGCGAUUCCGCCGAGAGUGUUGAGAAGACCUCGGCGGCUCUUAAGGUUCUGAAGCAGAUCGGUGCCUCUGCCGAUGCCGAGAAAGCUAAAGACAGCCACUCGAUUCGUCCUGGUAAGGGUAAGAUGAGGAAUCGCCGAUAUAUCAAUCGCAAAGGCCCGCUGAUUGUGUAUGGUACGGAAGGUGCUAAGCUUGUUAAGGCAUUUAGGAACAUUCCUGGUGUUGAUAUUGUUAACGUUGAGAGGCUUAGUCUGCUUAAGCUCGCUCCUGGUGGUCACCUUGGGAGGUUCGUCAUCUGGACCAAAUCGGCUUUCGAGAAGCUCGACUCCAUUUAUGGGUCUUUUGACAAACCGUCUGAGAAGAAGAAGGGUUAUGUCCUUCCCAGGCCGAAAAUGGUGAACGCUGACUUGGCUAGGAUCAUCAACUCUGAUGAGGUUCAAUCUGUUGUUAGGCCGACCAAGAAAGACGUCAAGAGAGCACCAUUGAAGAAGAACCCUCUCAAGAACCUUAACUGCUUGCUGAAGCUUAACCCGUAUGCCAAGACUGCUAGGAGGAUGGCGCUUUUGGCCGAGGCCGAGCGUGUUAAGGCUAAGAAGGAGAAGCUGGAGAAAAAGAGGAAGCCCAUCACAAAGGAGGAGGCUUCAGCAAUCAAGGCUGCUGGCAAAGCAUGGUAUCAGACUAUGAUCUCGGAUUCAGAUUACACAGAGUUUGAGAAUUUCUCAAAGUGGUUGGGUGUUUCCCAGUGAGCUUUUAUUUUGGAUUUUUAGAACCUAUUUUGUUCCUUUUUGUUAUGGUGUUUGCCCGUUUCUUUGGCCGUUUUGAGUCUUGGAAUGAAGAGGAAGAGGAGUGUAAUAAUAGAGAUAAUUUUGACAUAUUAUAUUUCCUCCUUUUUUUCAGUUAUUUUCUUCCUAGGAUGGAAAGUUUUUACUACCAGGUAAACAUUAUAUAUUUUAGUAGUCUAGUUGGUCAAUUCAGUUUUUUAAUGGGAUUUUUAGAUAUUUUGUUUUGCAUAUCAAGGAAUUUAUAUUGUUACGUGAACAAUUUUGUACCAGAAUCCAUGGUGCAUUGAUUUUCUUUAA